AUGGGUGAUCGUACGUCGCCUCCGCAGAAGAACCCUUCCCGGGGACAACCGACCUCGUUUCCGGGCCAAGCAGCUCCCGAGACGGCGGGUGGUAAUCUACUCCCGGCAGAGCACUGGGCGGAAUUAGAAGAAGAUCCCGAUACGAGCGAUCAAGACUCGACUUACAGCGACAACCAAACCUCCACCGCCAGUUUGACAUCCUCCAUUCUUGAAUACAGGACAAUACUCGGCAGGUCGUUUCAUAGUGAACGUGGAAACGCUCAAUAUUGGGGGUCUAAUGACGAGGAACAGAAUAAUGCGAUGGAUAUCAAUCAUCACGUACAAUACCUUCUACUAGAUGGAAAGCUUCAUCUGGCUCCUCUAUCAAAGGACAUUAACACAGUCAUUGAUAUCGGCACGGGAACAGGCGUCUGGGCUCUUGAUUUUGCUGACGAAUACCCAAACGCAAGCGUCAUCGGCACCGACGUCUCGCCAAUCCAACCCAGCUGGAUACCGCCGAAUUUGCAAUUCCAGAUUGAUGACUGUACCCAGGACUGGACAUUCAAGGAGAACUCGACCGACUUUGUGCAUGUGCGCUGGCUAGUUGGUAGUAUCCCAGACUGGACAGCGCUAUUCAAGCAGGCCUACCGAUGUCUCAAGCCCGGCGCCUAUCUCGAGAGCCAUGAGGCCUCGGCGAGGGUCCUAAGCGAUGAUGGGUCUGUCCAUGACGACUCAGCGCUGGGACAAUGGGGUGAGAUUUUUAUCGAAGGCGGUCGUAAGAUCGGGAGACCUUUUACAGUUGUCGAGGACGAUUUACAGAAGAAGGCAAUGGAGGCCGCAGGCUUUAUUGACGUCAAGGUUACGACAUUCAAGUGUCCCAUCGGCGGAUGGCCAAAGGACGAGAAACUCAACGAGGUGGGUAGGUACAUGAAGCUGGCUCUUGGUCAGGACAUUGAGGGCGCUGUCAUCUUUAUGGCCGACUUGCUGGGCUGGAAGAAGGAAGAGAUUUUGUUAUACGCUGCUCAGCUCAGACGUGAGCUCGCUUCGACCAAGUUUCAUCCGUACUAUCGGCAAAACAUCGUUGUCGGUCGAAAGCCAGAGGAGUAG